ACCUAUCUACAUAGUUAGAUGGUGCUUUACUAUAGUUAAUUUUAUUAGCGUCGCCCUAGGUAGUUGCAGUAACACUUUGAAACCUUUCGACACAGUUUCGUAGGACUGUAGUGCUUCCUCUGUCUACAGUUGCACUAUGGCAGCGUUUGAUCUAGGCAGGCAAGCAGCGGUGCAAAUAGUUAGCGACACCGGACGGCAACCGCAAAGUUUCUUUGGUCGGUUCUUACAAAGACGUCGCGACGCAGCAGCCGUGCGGUCUGAGCAGGAGUACGCCAGCAUCCUAUCCGAAUCCCUGGGCCACGACUUCAGUGACUUAGAUCAACUAGAGUUUCUCCAAACGUCUGGUCGCGAUAAAGAUGGCCGUCCGCUUGUGGUCGUCGUGGCGCGUAAUUUCCCGGCAAAGGUCCUCAAUCCUGACAGGGUUUACCGGUACCUUAUCACCAGGUUAGACGCCAUAGCAGAUGGCCCCUACAGCGUUGUUUGGUUCCACACGUGCAGCAGCUACUGGCAGAACUGCCCCAGCCUGUCCUGGCUGUGGCGAACAUACGAGAGGCUGCCCCCCAAGUACCGUUCCCACCUGCACCGCCUCUUCGUGGUGCACUGCGACCUGCCUCUGUGGGUGGGGCUGGCGGCGCUGGGGCCGCUGCUGUCUGAGGCCCUGUGGCGCAAGGUGGAGUGGGUGGCGCGAGUCGAGUUCCUGUGGGACCACGUGCACAAGAAGCAGUUGGCGGUUCCGGACUUUGUUUCGGAGCACGACGCGCUGCUGGAGGAGCAGCCCCUGGCGGACUACGGGGUGGUGGCGGCACGGGAGGUGAACGCGGUACCCGGGUUGCCGGGACCCGUGUGAUGGGGGCGUGCGGGAGGAGGCGGGGAAGAGGGGGUUAAGAGCGGCAUGUCGAGCGUGGCGUGCUCGGGUGUAUCUAUAUGGCAUGGAGGUGCUGCAAGGGAUGCGAUGCCAGGGUUUGAGUGUACGGCAGCUGUGUGUGCGGUAACGGUCUCAGGAGUGCCUGGCAUCGUGCUCCGAGGAAGGAGACGGGGCAGCGUGCAUGGGUGCCUGAGGGUUGGGAAAGGGCAAGACACUCCGCUCAGUGGGGAGUUUUGGGUAACGUGGGCUGCGGGAUAGGGAAGGUGGCAGCGGUUGGAUUUGACGAUUUGACGACACAGUGCAUCACACCCGCUGGGCACGGCGGUAAGGAACGGUUGCGGCAGCAUAUGGUAUCCUUGCAUUGUCAUGCAUUGGGGCACGCAGGGAUUCAUGUUUCAGACCUCUGGCCUCCGGGCACCAUCUUGAGCUUACCGUCCCACAGGCGGUUCCCCAAGAGUGCCCUGCUGUCCGACAUGUGUCGCACUGGGGACGUGGGGAGGUGUGGGCGUUAUGUGGGCGAUGGCUUCAGGUUGGCCCUUUGAUGACCUGGGCUUGCUUUGGGCUCUGCGCCGUACCCGUUACUUAGGCCCUGCUGUUGAGUGUUCUAGGAUGGUCUAAAGCUAGCUGGGGCUACUCAUAUCCCGUGAAGGGUCUGUGUGUAAAGAAAACUGGCCGUGUGUGUGGGGUGAUAUAUGUUAAGCGAUAUAGAGUGGUUGCCUUGCACGGGUGUCAAGAGAACAAUUGCUGUUGGCGGCCGAUCAUCAUUCGUACAUGUACUUAUUUAGAAGCCCCAGGAAGAUAGCAAGGGUGUUGGGUGAACCUACACUGCAAGGAACGGGGAAUCCCCUUCAUGCGUUGCUAGGGUUGGUUGCGGUACUGAGAACUGCCUUGGGAGGUACUACACUGGCCGUAGUUGUAGCAAAGAUGUGGUGUGUGCGGAGGUGGUGUAUGGAGAUGGUAUGUGAAUGGCAGAUACGGUACCGGCAGUUGACGAGUACCGGGAAGAAAUGA